UUCCCCAUUUUGUGUCAUUUUCCAGAGACAGUUUGGCAGCCCGUUGGCUUUCCUGUUGUAUUAUUCUAGAGCUUGAUGCUGUUCUCCAUUCAGCCUGACCCGCACUCAGGGUUCAGCACUGUACUACAGAUGCACGCGUGCACUGCAGCAAUGGAAUACUAUUUAUAGACACGCUCCACCAGGACAAAGAAGGCUCCUUUUUGGAGCUAAUGAAUGAAUCUUUUCCCUCUGGUUGUUCGUGGCCGUCUCUUUGAACGGGGCAGAGGGCAGGAGAAGGAAAUGCACAGAAGAGAUUGCAAGAGCCGAAAUAAGGAGGGAGUCGGGAGGCUGAGAGAAUGAGUCACAGAGGCAGGGUGGAAAACGAAGGGAAGCAGGGUGGGGAUGUGAAUGUGCAUGUGUAUGUGCACGUACCUUACAGGGAGGGUACAAUUUUUCAGGUUUUACUUCUAUCACUUCGCAGCGUGAAGUGAACACUUUGAGACAGGGCACUGUCCUCGUGCACCAGCGUAAUCACCGCUGAAUGAUGUUAAACGAUGAAUCGCUCUGAAAAUAUUCCCGUGAAAUGUAAUGUAUGACGCAGGGAGUUCAUGUGUCUCGAGGCUGCUCCGUAGGCUGGGAGUCGGUACGUGUCGGUGAACUAGGAGACAAGAGACGAGAGACAAGGGUUCAUAUUGAUCGGAGUAAUCGCUGUGGAUGUUUGGGUGCAGCUCCAUUAACCUGCGGUUCUCUGUGAUCACCUCAACACCCGUUAGGACAACAUCUGUGUGGUAGUAGACGGCGUCUCCCAUGAUAAGAAUAAUUCUCCCACUUGUCAGUAGUUGCUGAGCUCAGUAGAGCGGAAAACCAGGCACAAGAGACAAUGAUGAGUGUACAGGAAAACUGACAUUAUGUCCCUUGUCACUUCUGUCACUAACAUCAGGCAGGUCUUGGUUUGUGUGGACUGUGCGCCUGUCUCUUGUUGUUCCUGUAUUUGUCUUGUUUGUCUUUUGAGGGAAGCCGGUCGUUGCAGUUUCACAGGGAGGACGGAGGAAGGGUGGCGAUGAGGGCGGGGGUGGUCUUGGACAGUGAUUCUCUGUGGACGGAGGGACUGGACUUGCUGGGAGACACUGUCUGUCGUACACAUUGACAGUGUGCAGUCUGAAGUGCUUGUCACUGCCACGCACGCUGCUGCUGUCAUGUGGACAGGCUGAUGUGUUCUGAGGACGAGCACCCCGUCAGGAUGAAGGAGGAGAAUUUGUUCCAUCGGAGGUUUUCUCUGUGCCCCAAUGCCACCUCUCCCCCUACAAUUGACCCUCCCACACUCACCCGGAACUUGUCUUAUGAAGGGGACAACGACUUCUACAGCCUCAGCCCAGGCAGUGACACAGACAGGAACGGGCUCUCCAUGCUGAGUAAUGAACUUAGUCCGGCCCAAUCACCAGGCAGCCAGUCUGAGUCCAGGAUGUUUAAUGGUGUCGAGAAGGACUGCCCCUCCCCCACAGAGAAGCUGGCUCGCAAGGAGUCGCUAAAGCUCCAAAAGCAGAACUACAGGCAAGAAAAGAAACGGGCGGCUAAAGAACUGUUCAGUGCACUAAAGGAUCCGAGUGUUGUCAUCAUGUCCAACUGGCUAAAGAUCCGUGGCUCUUUAAAGGGUUGGACCAAGCUGUGGUGUGCUCUGAAGCCCGGAGUUCUUCUGAUCUAUAAGACCCCCAAGGCGGACCACUGGGUGGGCACCCUCCUGCUCAGUGCGUGCAAGCUGAUCGAGAGACCCUCCAAGAAGGACGGCUUCUGCUUCAAGCUCUAUCACCCUCUGGACAAAUCCAUCUGGGCUUUCAAGGGUCCCAAGGGAGAGAACGUUGGCUCCAUAACGCAGCCUCUACCCAGCAACUAUCUGAUCUUCAGAGCAGCAUCCGAGUCUGACGGGCGGUGCUGGAUGGAUGCCUUGGAGCUGGCUCUCAGCUGCUCCAGUCUCUACAAGCUAACAUUCAAAGGCAAAGAAGGAGAUAUAUGCACAUCUUCAGAGUCCACCCAUCUACUCCACCUGCUGCAGUCUACUGCGCUCACUGAUGCAGAGCUGCAACAGUUAAAUGACAGUGUGCUGCUGGGCAAUCACCACAUGGAACAGGACGGCUUUUCGGACAAAUCGGAGCGCGAGGCUCACGAUGACUGGGACCCUGCGACCAAUGAGAAUGGCGGAAGGCUGACGGAGGAGAGCGACAUGGACCAAUCAGACGAGCUGUCCCCAGGGCCACAGGCCACAGCUUAUGUGGAGCAGAGCACAGAGGAGAUGGCUGAGGCUGGCGAGGCGUCCCAGGUGGAGACCGUAUCAGAGGAGAACAAGGGUCUGAUCUGGAGCCUGCUGAAGCAGCUGCGGCCGGGCAUGGACCUGUCCAAGGUGGUGCUGCCCACCUUCAUCCUGGAGCCCCGCUCUUUCCUGGACAAGCUGUCUGACUACUACUACCACGCUGACCUUCUCUCACAGGCUGUACUGGAGGAGAGUGGAUAUGGUCGGAUCAAGCAGGUGUUGAGAUGGUACUUGUCUGGCUUCUACAAAAAGCCCAAGGGUCUGAAGAAGCCUUACAACCCAAUCUUGGGGGAAACAUUUCGCUGCUGCUGGCUUCAUCCUCAAACCGACAGCUGCACUUUCUACAUAGCCGAACAGGUGUCCCAUCACCCGCCCAUCUCUGCCUUUUAUGUCUGCAAUAGGAAGGAUGGCUUUUCAAUUAGCGGGAGCAUCCUGGCCAAAUCCAAGUUCUAUGCUAACUCCCUGUCAGCCAUUCUGGAUGGCAAAGCCCGGCUGCUGUUCCUGGGCAGGGACGAGGAGUAUGUCAUCACCAUGCCGUACGCUCACUGCAAAGGUAUCCUGUACGGCACCAUGACACUGGAGCUGGGUGGGAAGGUCACCAUCGAGUGUGAGAAAACCAAAUGUUUCACAGAGCUGGAGUUCAAACUCAAGCCUUUUCUUGGAGGCGCCUGCUCUGUGAAUCAGAUCAGUGGAAAGAUCUUUGUGGGAGAGGAGCUACAGGCCACCGUUGAUGGCCACUGGGACAACGAGGUGUUCAUCCAGGAGAAUUGCUCGGGCCAGCAGGAGAGUCUGUGGAACCCGAGCCCGGACAUCCGCAGCAGCCGCCUCAAGAGACGAGUGGUCCAAAUAGAGCAGCAGGGAGAGUUUGAGUCCGAGAGACUGUGGCAGCAUGUGACCCGUGCUAUCGAGGACCGGGACCAGCUGAGGGCCACCCAGGAGAAGUUUGUGCUGGAGGAAGCUCAGCGGAGAGAGGCCAAGGAAAGAGGAGACAAACCCUGGAGCUCCCAACUUUUCCAACAGGACCCGGUCACCUCCGAGUGGACCUACAGGCACAUGGAGACGCGGCCGUGGGACCCCGAGCGCUGUUUGGUUCAGUUCGAGAAGGACGGACUCGUUCAGACGCACGAGAAGGACCAGAGGCGACACAAUGGCCUCUCCUACAGCCACAGCUGGGCCAGCCAACAGAAGGCGGAGAUGAACGGGAAACGAAGGAAGGCGAGCAGCCAGCCGUCCAGCUGCAGCCAAAACACGGAGAGCAGCAGCACCACACCAGAACCUACGCACGAGUCCUCGGACAAUGAAGGAUUCUCAAACCAGUGUGCACGGUGCAACAAAGAGGUGAAGGACAUUGCCCUCUUGGAGGCCUCCAUUACGUCCAUACAGAGGACCCAGCAGGACAUCCAGCGGAACCUGGUGGCUCUGAGUCGUCAGCUGACUUGUCGCAGCGCCACAGAUGACAGCGUGUCGCAAACGGGCCGCCACUGUCUCAUCCUCUGUGUCCUGCUUGUCUCCCAGCUCCUCCUCAACUACUACGUUUUUACCUGAGCUUCCCUCCCGGGCACUGGUCUGGCGUCAGAUCCCUCCAAAAAGCACAGACUACAAUCAGCGGGCGAGGGCCGAGACCUCAGAUCAGUGUUUUGGGGGGGCACUUUGUCCCUUUUCCUCUUGAGAAGGGAGGAGCAUGGACAAUUAAGCAAUAAACACAGCCACCGCCUGUCAGUGUCCUGCAGAGAGGAGCAGCACCACUUAGUGUAGCCAGUUUCCUUCUGGCUACACUAAGGACCGGAAAUCAGAGACAAGCAUUGCUGCAAAGAUUUUCAAUAAAAAGAUGAAAAGUAAGAUGAAGAAUGAUUUUGUAAAAUGAAAUGACACAGAGGGUAUUUCACUAUUCCUUAGUAUCUUUUUUUUUUAAUAUUUCCCUGCAAUACCGUUUAUCCGUUAGAGUAAUUGUAUGUGCGUUGUUAGUGCCUACACUACAGUAGGCCCUAUAAGCGCAGGCAGCGCAUCACUUUCUCCUGCUCACUUUCCACUCCAGAUUUGGGCCUUAAAUGCUGAAGCCAAAAAGAAGAAGGAAAAACACGUGAAAUGUAGAAGGAAUAUCUUCUAACAGUGCAAUUCUGUGCGUUUUGUAUCGAUGUACACUCAAAUACACUCCGUCUCGUCUUUAAAUGAGGGUGAUUUUACCAAAACAGUAUUUAUAAUCCGAAAGGACAAAGAGUACUUGUUUACAGGGAGCACUGUGUGUGUUUGUAGUGACGCGUAGAGAGAGAGGGGGGGGGGGGGGGGUACCGGCAGGGCGGACAGCCAAAAAGAGUGUCUUUUGUAUUUGUGUGCCUGUGGUGCUGUAACGGAAGGGAUCACGGCACGGCACGGCUUCUGGUCUCACCCACGACAUUAGUGCGUACAAUCAGAACCCGUGGGAUGGGUGAAAAUACACUAAAAGGAUUUCCACACAUUGGCCUGGUAGAAGGGGUUUUGUGUGUGCGCGUCCUCGUCCACACCACUUUCAAAUGUCUGUUUAAAGAUGUUAACACUUAGUAAUGAGUUGUUCUUGUUUUUUAUCAAUUUGUAUAUAUUUGUCUGGAGGCCUGUGUUUCAAAAAGAGAUUUCAGAAUGUAUUUAUUGGGUGAUUAACCUUGACUCUCCUCAUCUAAUACAGCUUGGAGGACAGAGACCCGGGACAACAAUUGCUCUCCCAUUGUUGUGUGUGUGUGUGUGUGUGUGUGUCUGUCCAUUAGUAUGUUAGUGAAUGUGUGUGUGAAGGAUCACAUGUGUGUGAGUAGGCCAUUAUGGUUGUGCUAUACAAAACCAGAUCUGUGAUCUUAGUUUUUACUGGUUUUUAACCCUUGAGUUUUAGUCUCCACGUCAGUCCUGAUUGACCCAACUAGAGAGAACAAGAGCACAAGAAGGAAGUCGACUUUGAAUGCUUUGAUUUACACCUUAAUUUGUUUGUACUUUUUAUUAUUUUCCUGUUUUCCACUCUACUGCCAUGUUGUGGGGAUUCUACAUGCCAGAUGUUUUUGUCAUAUUGAACGAAACUACGGAGAACAUGAAGUUGCCCAAUGUUUUCAUGCAUACUCGUUGCGUACUGUAGCACAACAGUAAAACAUUUUAACCCUGUCA